AUAAUUUUGCACAAAUUAUAUUUAUUUUAUAUUUAGAGAAAACAAUGACAAAUAUAUAAUAUGUAUCAUCUAAAAUAAUGAUUCUAUCCAUUUGCAUUAUAUAUAUACACGCGCGCGCAUACACACACACACACACACACAACUUACCAGUUAAAAGAACACUUGGCACCUUCAAAAAAUAAGUAAGAUUUAACCAAGUGUAACUUUGUUUAAAAAAUUAUCUAAAUCUAGAAAAAAGUUUAAAAUAUCUAUUUUCAAGCAACAUUUUUAUGUUCUUUUAAUUUUGGUAAUUUUUAUAUAGAAAAAAUACAAUGGCUAUUGCAUUGGUAAUAUAAACGCAAUAUCGUGCAAUUAUUGAAACAUAAUACUGGCCGUACAUUGGCCUUUAUAUGUAAUAUUCAUGUUAUAUUAGGAAAUAUUGGCCAAUGCACUUUCAAUGUAAAUGCAAUAUUGCGUAUUUAUUGACAUGUAAUAUUAGCAAUAGAUUAACAUUUAUUCUGAGUUCAACAUUCACAUUUUAUAUUGGGAAACCGUUCCGCUUUUCCGCGCAAAUUGUGCUCCAUGGGUGUGUUCCUAAAACUAGGCGCCUCUAAGACAAAGUAAAAAUUGCAUGUAUCUACUGAAGAAUUAAUAAUGUUGAUAAAUAGGCAUGUUCUAUUAUUUCCAGAUUCUUAUACUGACCUUUAAUUCUUAAACCGAUUGUUUACUAACAUCGAAUAUUAUUAUCUCGAUAAGAAAUAUAUAUAUUAGUUCACUUAGUCUGUAACUGACAGUUUUCAAAUUAUACAUUCUUAUAUAAUAUUGUUUUGCUAAGCAAAUUGAUAUUCAUGAAAUCCGUAUACAUCAUAGCUUUUCCCUUUAAAAGAGAUUUAUUUAACAAAGAAUACUAAUAAAAGGAAACAAUAUGGGUGAAAAAUGUUUAGACAUCACCAACAAAUCUGACUCCAAAUUAUUAGACUACAACAGAUUAUUUGAAUGCAUCUUUGUAGGAAAUAUGAAGCUCAUGUGUGAACUUAUCUAUAGUGGUGCUAAUGUCAAUACCCAAGAUCAUAACGGAAAUACACUUCUCAUGUACGGAUGUAGAUUUGGAUAUAUCGAUAUUGUAUAUGCUUUAUUGUGUCUAGGAGCUAAUACUGAAUUUACGAAUAAUCGAGGCGAUACAUCCUUAAUGGUAACAGUUAAAUCAAGACAUCAUCCAAUUGUCCAGGUCUUAUUGGAACACGGUUCAUCUGUCAAUGCUUAUAAUAAUAAAACCAAGCAAUCUGCAUUAACAUAUGCAUGCUUCAUAGGAAAUAUUAAGAUAGUUCAAUUAUUAUUGGAAUUCAACGCAGAUGUGGAACAUAAAACCGAUCAAAAGUGGACACCACUUAUGAUAGCAUCGAUGCGUGGUUAUAUACAAAUAGCUAAUAUGCUGUUAAAUUCAGGUGCCGCAUUAUAUAUGCCAAAUGAUGCAAACCAAUCUCCGUUGACAUUAGCAGUUAGCAAUGGUCAUGAGGUACUUACGAAUCUUCUGAUCGAUCGAGGAGCAUACAUAGAUGAAGUUAACUCUGUGGGUUACACGCCAUUAAUGGAAGCAGUGUGUAGAGGACACUUGAAAAUAAUUCAGUUACUUUUAAAAAACGGCGCAGACGUCAAUAUCCGAUCUAAUACAACGGGGGUAACAGCACUUUCGUUGGCUUGCUACAAGGGUUUCUAUGAAGCUGUGGCUGAUUUAAUUUUAGCAGGCGCUGACAUCCAAUUGUCUAAUCCUUUAAUUGAUGCUGCCCGCAAUGGACAUGUAAAUAUUGUUCAACAUUUACUACAUUGUGCUGCGGAGGUUCAGGCUAAAACGGGUAGAGGAGAUACUGCAUUAAUAUUUGCUUGUGAAAAUGGUCAUAUUGACGUUGCUGAACUUUUGCUUGACUUUGGGGCUACACUGAAUUAUAAGACAAAAGAAGGUGUAACUCCACUAAGGAUGGCUUGCCGUAAUGGUCAUUUAGAGAUGGUUAAAUACCUUAUUUCAAAAGGCGCAGAUGUUAAUUAUCCAAGAAGGUUUACCGUACGAAGAAAAUACUAUAAAAUGACAUUAACAAUGUGGAAUAAACAGAAUAACAAAGACAAGAAUCUUCUUGAAACGAGUAUUAAGACAUGUACCAAUUUUUUUUCUGAUAACUUCAAGGAUACUGAUGUUCAGAUAUAUGCGAACGACUUCACAUAUUUAGAAAACUUGGACGAGGACAAAAUUGAUGAUCUCAAGAUAGACAAUGACGUUGAAAACCAAUUACAUCAGUCUAUAUCAUUUUACUACCCUAAAAAGUUAGAGUACUGUAUUAAAUAUUUUGGUAUCCAGCACUUUAUUAAUUAUAAGCGGCAUAUAUUACAUCCCAUUGGGUCGAUACUUUCAAUUUGUGAAGUACAAGAGCAAUGUAAAAUAAAAAAUAUUAACAAUUUAACCAAAGAGGACGCAUUAAUAAACACAAUGCGUCUACCAUUUUCUUAUUUAAAUUUAUUUAAUGAACAUCAGCUUUCUAAAUUAUUUUCCUUGGCUUGCACAGCAGGUUACUAUGAACUUGCCCAGGAAUUCAUCGACAUGAACAUUGCUGUAGAUAUUCCUAACUUGAAUGAGAAUUGUACCCCAUUGAUGGAAGCUGCCAAAGGAGGACAUGUCGAUAUCGUGCGCUUACUUCUCUCUUACAAUGCCAAUGUCAAUGCUCACUCCACUACAAAAAAUUCUUCUCUCAUAUACGCAUGUGCUGGCGGACAUAAGGAAGUUGUACGUGCCUUAUUGGAAGCAGGAGCCAAUGUUGAACAUCACAAUGAGGAUGGUUGUACACCUUUGAAGGCAGCAGCAAAAAUUGGACAUGUCCCAAUUGCCAAACUCUUACUAAAACACGGUGCAAAAUGCAAUACAUGUUCCAAAGAAUUUAAGGAAUCUGCAUUAAUAUUGGCUAGCUACAAAGGACACUUAGAGAUGGUUCAACUUUUACUGGGAGCUGACAAACAUGAAACCAAUGACAUGCAUUUAGCACUUAUAACAGCAUCGAUAAAUGGCCACUUAGAAGUAGCGCGCUUACUUUUGGAUAAAGGUGCCCAAGCAAAUAUGUUGAUGAAUACCUGCGAAUCUCCGUUAUUGUUAGCAGCUUCGGAAGGUCAUAUCAAACUUGUGAAACUUCUGCUUGAUCGAGGAGCAAAAACCACAGAAAUUAACAGUGAGGGUUAUAAUCCGCUGAUGCAAGCAGCGCGCGCGGGUCAUAAGGAAACAGUCGCGUUGCUCUUAAGUCGAAAUGCAUUCAUUGACGAACAAAAUAAAGAAACUGGAGAAACAGCACUUACGUUGGCUUGCUAUGGCGGUUUCCUCACAGUUGUUGAUUGUUUAAUCAAAGCAGACGCUGAUAUCAAUUCGGGACGACUUACUGCUCUAAUGACUGCAGCUCGAGAAGGACACUUCCAUAUUGUUCGACAUUUACUGAAUUAUAAUGCGGAUACUAAUAUUGAAACAUUUCCGGGAAAGACAGCAUUAAUGUAUGCUUGUGAAAAUGGUCAUACUGACAUUGCUAAACUUUUGCUUCAGUUUAAUGCCAAACUGGAACAUACGUCAGUGAGAGGUGCGACUCCUCUGAUGUACGCUUGUGUCGCUGGUCAUUUUGAUACAGUUCAGUUUCUUAUAUCGGAAGGAGCCAAUAUUAAUCGUCAAACAACAGAUAACCAAACUCCUCUUACAUUAGCAUCUUUAGCUGGUCAUAUUGCUAUAGUCGCACUGCUUCUUGAUUACGGUGCUAACCCGGAUCACAAAUUUGAAGAUAACUUUAAUACAAUAAUGGCAACAAUAACAUGUAAUCAGCCAUGCACCAUGGAAAUCUUAUUAGACAAAUUUCGAAUUUUCCGAACGAGUAAUUAUAAGUAUGGCAUAGAUAAUGAACUUAUAUUUAAAAAUUACUUCUUCAAUUGGAAAUACAAGAUGAAUAAGACUCAUCAACGGACUUAUAAAUGGAAAAAGCAAACAGAGACGAAUGUUUUAAAAAUGAUGGAUGAACAAAGUGAUAAAAACGGCUUUUACUGAUAAAGAACUUUAUGAUUUCUUUUGUCAAAUGAAAAGUAAAUACACCAUUUCUAACUAGAAAUGAACUAAAACUUACAGGUGUUCUAGAAAUUACUAAGAGAUAUUGUAAUAUUGCUAAGUAUUUAAGUAAUACUUAAGAAGCUGAGAGGUAAGAAGUUCAUAUAAAAUCUCUAAGAAAGUUUGUAGAAAAUUCUAGGAGGCUCAAGUUCUUACAUAUAUAGGAUGUUCCAAACUCUCCUUCGUAUAUUUUGUGGAAACGUAGAACGAGUUGAGAUGAACGUAAAAGUCCUAUAUCGUUUUGUGAUAUUCGCAAUAAUGAAAUGUCGCUUCCGAAUGGCAUCUCUGAGCGUUAUCUGGGGAGAGGAGAGUAUCGUGAGCGUGGAGCAUCAAGUAGCUCAGUGAUUUAGAGCAGUCGCCUGGCAAGUGAAAGACCUGGAUUCGAGUCCCAACCUAGCAAACUGCGCUUUCGAUAUUUUUCUCUCUCCGGAACGAAAAGAUACGUAGGUCCCGAACGCACGGCGUCCCGUCACCACCUAAUACACCUUUUUCCUUCUUUCGCAAUUAAUUUCUCUGUUAUCAUUGCGAAUAUCGUAAAACGGUACGGGACUUUUAUGGGUUCAUAUCAACCCGUUCCACAUUCCCACAAAAUAUGCGGAGAAGAGUCUGAGAUAUCCUGUAUAUAGUGCAGGCCUACUUAAAAUUUCUAAUGUAUAUCCAUGAUAUACAUACAAUACAAGUGAUAAAAAUGUCAACGAUAAAUGAAUAUCUCAUGAACAAUGUAUUUUUGAAAACAUAUUUCUUACAAAUGGUAAAGUUUCAAGAAGUUUAUUUGAUGGUGUUAGCAUGCAAAUUUCAAAAAGGUAUUGUUUACGAGAUAUUCAAUCAUCCUGAAACAUUUUCUACUUUGUGUGUAUAUAUAUAUAUAUAUAUAUAUAUAUAUAUAUAUAUAUAUAUAUUUUUUUUAA